AUGAGAACUAUAAUUCUUCUUGUGCUACUGGGAGCCACAAUGUCAGCCCCGCUUAUCCCACAGCGCCUUCUGUCCACAAGCAACAGCAACGAGCUACUUCUGAAUCUUAAUCAUGCUCACCUUCAGCCUCUACAGCUUCAGGGCCCAUUUAAUUCAUGGAUUCCUCCUUUCUCUGGAAUUUUACAACAGCAGGCGCAGGCUCAAAUUCCAGGACUCUCCCAAUUCUCUUUAUCAACCCUAGACCGGUUUGCUGGACUGUUCCCAAAUCAGAUACUUUUCCCAGCCCAAGGCACCCAGGUGAGACAGCUGGACCCGUCACAGCCUCAAACACCACCACAGACGCAGCAAGGCCCUAAUCAAGUUAUGCCCUAUGUGUUCUUCAAAAUGCCUCAAGAGCAAGCACAGAUGCUUCAAUACUAUCCAGUUUACGUGCUUCUGCCCUGGGAACAAGCUCAGCAGACAGUCGUGCAGUCGCCUCCACAAAUAGGACAGCAGCUAUUCGAGGAGCAGAUGCCAUUCUAUACUCAAUUUGGAUAUAUUCCACAACAAGCAGAACCCGUUAUACCAGGUGGACAGCAGCAACUGGCCUUUGAUCCCUUCUUCAUAGGCACAGCUCCUGAAGGUGCUGUGAUGCCAGCAGGGGGAGUGAUACCAAAUUUACAAAAAGAAAUGAUAAACUUUAAGCAUGCCAGUGCAGGAAUUCUCACUCCUUCAACUUCACAACAAAAACCCAGCACAACAAAUUCUUUCGCUUCUGCUAUAGACCCAACUAUCACCCCAGAGUUCAUGGAAAAGCAGGCCAAGACUGGUAGCCUAAAGGAACCGUAAGAUGUUGUCCUAAUCAUUCAGAGUUUUUG